AUGUCACUUGAACCAACCACAACUGCCAAAGUCACCUUAAUUACCACUAAGGGUGCCAUAAAGAUUGACAUUUUCGCCAAAGAGCUACCGUCAACAUCCUUAGCAUUCAUAACGCAAUGUCAUCUCAAUAAAUUUCAAAACGUAUCCAUUCAAGUUACGCCACAAUACAUCUCAUUCUUAUCACCACCAGACCAACCCAACAGCGACACGUUAUCCAUUGUAAAAGAGUCUCACUCACGAAUCAAAUGCAAACAACGAGGAUACGUUGCGUAUGCCAAUGGACAAUGGCUUAUUAGUCGUGGUGAAUUGAACCAGGCAAACCUUCAAGUAUUUGGUAAAAUUGACCAGGCGUCAUCGUGGUAUAUCGUUAAUGAUAUUGCCAAUGGCGAGGUCAACAAGGACACUGGUGAAUUGGUGUUUCCUGUAACCAUUGAAAAUUCCAUUGUAGAUGUACCGUUUUUCAAAUUGGAUUUGAAGGAGAAGGAGGAGGUUGCUCAAGGAGAAGAUGAGAAACCGAAAGCAAAAAAGCCUAAAGUUGCCAUUGACUAUGAUGUUGAAGAAGAAGAAGAAGAUACGGGUGUAGAUGAGGAGGAAGGUACGAUCCGGAUCAAGAGCGCAUACGAUACAGAAAAGAAAAAGAAACGAGAUAAAGCUCAGCAAGAUGAAGUAGUAUCGCAAGCAGAUGUUGUACCAGAGUCUAAACUAAUGUCUGUUAAUGAAAAAAAAGCAGAAGCAGAUACAGGUCAGAAGGAAGAGCCAUACCAUCACAACUCUGAGUCACACUCAAAUCACUCCAGUUCCAGCUCUGAUUCCGAAUCAGUUUCCGAUUCCGAUUCCGAGUCCGAGUCCGAGUCCGAGUCCGACGAAAUGGACCACGCUCCAACACGAGAUUCUACAAUUGACUCGCCCUUCAAUCCCAAACUCGACUUAUACAAUGCCGAAUCAAUAACAUACUCCGAACUAAAAUCUCAUAAAUUUAUCAUAAAUACAUAA